UUUCAUGCAACAUUCGCGACUCGAGAAAAAAAUCGUUACUUUAACAAAAUGUUAGAAUCCGUAGGGUCACCAGUCCAGAUGUUCUGCAGAUGCUUUCUUUUCUGAAACUGGGUGACGACAUUGCUCGCUCUCUCUCUCUCCCUUAUAUUCUUAGGCUCUAAUCCGAUACACGAACUCCCUCUCCGAAAACCUUAGGUCUCUGAUGGAUUCUCAGAUCCUGGUGGCCCUGUCCCUUUCACUCGUGGGUGGCCUCAGUACAUCGGCAGGUGCACUAUUAGUGAUUCUAAACCCUGCUCCAAACCUUAAGAUGCUUGGGCUUUUGCAGGGUUUUGCUGCUGGUCUUAUGUUGAGCAUAUCAUUCUUUGAUUUGGCACAUAAUGCUCUAAACUCAAUAGGCUUUUUGAGGGCAAAUCUUUGGUUCUUUGCAGGAGUUGUGUUUUUUGCCUUUAUUGUCUCUUUCAUCCCAGAACCAACAAUUACUAUAGAAGCAAAUAAUAUACAGAAGGAUGAUGAUGGAUCAGGCAAAGAUUUGAUGAAGAAACAUCGACGGAACGUACUAUUUAGCGGAAUUAUAACUGCAGUUGGUAGGUUGUUUGGCAUGAUAUGUUGA